AUGGCCGCAGCUGAUCUCGGGCCCCAUGUCCCACGGGCUAUAGCAUCGACGCUGAUCUUCGCUCAGCAGGAGGCCGGCACAGCCGUGUGUAUCGACUCUCGCGGGUGGAUCGUGACCUGUGCCCAUUGUUUCGGGGAGUCUCCUCAGGAAUGGCGUGCGCAACGGUACAAGUGGCUCCUCUAUUACUCCGGACUCGCGGUCCAGGCUGAAUGCCGCGCGUGGGAUGCCCGGCGUGAUCUCGCCCUGGCCAAAGUGAUUCGCAUGGAAUCGCCAGAGGCACAAGGACACAGACUACCUCGGUUUACAUUUACCUUCUUGGCAACGCGCAGUACCAACCGGGACCGGAUUCUGUGUACUGGGCAUCCCGGGGCAGACGACCUUGAAUCGGCCUCGCCGCGCAAGGCCGAUUACGACCUAGUGGAAAUCUUCCAAGGUCGCCAUCGCGGCAUGGUUCCAGGUGCGGACCUGCACGAUAACUCGGAAAUAGGUGCGUUGAAGCAUGAUGCGUGGACGUACUGGGGCCACUCAGGUGCGCCGCUCUUGCGUUGGGCAGACGGCACACUGCUAGGUCUUCAUUCUUCCUGGGAUGAUACCACGGCGGUGAGACACGGAGUCCCCCUGGUUGCCAUCAGGGAGUUUCUGAUGGCUUCACCUCCUUCCCCCCCGGGGCGAACGGAUCGGACUCUCGCUGGCCCCGCAGGAGACGAGCACAACGGAACGAGAGGUACUUGUCGUUGA